CAACACCGGAAGUUCCGUCUUUGGCGGAGGGAAAAGGGAAGGCUUCUUGGCGACGAAAGAACUGGUCGUAAACCGCAAACAGAACAACCGCUGGACAAACCCUUCCAGUGUCCACACUUUUUGGGCAAUUCGCCACCCGGAACGACAUCUUGUUGCGAUUUUGUAGUCAAUUUAAUCGACCUGCACAGUUGGGAGCCGCAAUGUCUGGGGUUGUGCGAGGCCCGGCGGGAAACAACGAUUGUCGAAUUUACGUGGGCAACCUACCGCCCGAUAUACGCACUAAAGAUGUGGAGGAGGUCUUCUACAAGUACGGUACUAUUCGGGACAUCGACCUGAAAAACCGCAGAGGAGGGCCGCCUUUCGCUUUUAUUGAAUUCGAAGACCCAAGGGACGCCGGAGAUGCCGUCUAUGGCCGGGACGGAUACGACUACGAUGGUUACCGGCUGCGCGUGGAGUUCCCCCGGAGCGGCAGGGGUUCCAGAGGCAGCAGUUUCGGCGGGGCUGGAGGCGGCGCCGGCGGAGCUCCCAGAGGUCGAUACGGGCCCCCGUCCAGACGUUCCGAGUACAGGGUGGUUGUAUCCGGACUCCCUCAGAGCGGCAGCUGGCAGGACCUAAAGGACCACAUGCGCGAGGCGGGCGACGUGUGCUACGCGGACGUGUACCGGGACGGCACGGGCGUUGUAGAGUUUGUGCGCAAAGAAGACAUGACCUAUGCCGUCCGAAAGCUGGACAACUCCAAGUUCCGCUCGCACGAGGGAGAGACGGCGUACGUUCGCGUGAAAUUAGAUGGUCCCCGCAGCCCCAGUUACGGACGAUCCCGCUCGCGCAGCCGCGGCAGCCGGAGCCGAAGCCGCAGCCGCACCCCCAGCCGCAGCCGGAGCCGAAGCGACUCUCGAGGACGCGGACGGCCCUCGCCGCGCUACUCGCCGCGUCACAGCGGCUCUCGAUCGCGAUCGCGCUCCUAGGAAAGCCGGUGGCUUUAUUCCCUUUUGCUCAACUUCCCUCUGCUGCCCUGUGAUGUAACUAGGGUUGCAAAAACGGGAGGAAUUCCAGUAAAUUUCUUUCUGGAGUUAAAGGGAAAAAUGACACCGUUAUCAUGUUUGUCCCAGCAGAAAGAAUAUUCUUUCAUGAAUUUAAAAAAAAAAAAAAAAAAAAAAAGCACAAAAUUUCAUUUUUAUGUGUAAUAGCGGAGAAAAGAGUAAAUAAGAGCCAGUAUUUCCAGGAAGUGGCCUUUUGGCAUGGGGGCAGACAUUUUAUCGAUGCCGGUACUGUUUUAGACAAUCAAAUGUGAAUAUGCUGACUUACUCACCCUCUUUCGUUAUGUUAUUAUUACUCAACAUAUGCAUCCAUGCUUGACCCCUUUGUGUACAUAUCUGUGGGUAUAAUUGACAUCAUAAAACUUUUGUUUUUUUGGUUAAACAUUUUCCCUGUUAUCAGAGAUGCGAAAGACGUUUGCUUAAGUAGUUAACAACUAAAACGACUAAUUUCUUAGACAUUUGAUAAUGGAGAUAAUAUUUAGACAAGAAAAUGAUGCCAUUUACGUGCGCUGCCAUUUUGUGACGGUAAUACCCACACUCACGUCAGGUGCAUGAUAACUGGUAUUAAUGAUGUCACGAGAAAAGGAGGGGUAUCUGGCAUACUCAUGAUUGGCUAAAUCUGUAUCAGCUUUCAUUUCCUGGAAAAAAAUGCAAUUUCUACUACUACACUUGAAACUGACAUUUUGUGUGUUUUUUUUUUUUAUUUGUUAUUUCCGCUGAGCUGCACAUGACAAAAGGUGUCUGUCCCUUUAAGAUGGGAAUUUUGAAACGUUGUCGUUAUUAAGCGAAUGUUGCAACAUUUUGUCGUGUACAGACGUACACGCUAAAUACAAUUCAAUGAAAUGUUUUAUUUGGAUUAACAGAAAAUAUCUGCGUUAAUGGACUACACGAGAAAUCUCAACAAAUUUCUACUGUUGCCAGGUUGAAAUUUUGACAAUUUUAAGGUAGAACAAAUUGGUUAACAAAUUACUUUUCGAUUAAUUUGUUUAUUGGAAAAUUGUCGUAAUUCAAUAAUAUCGAGAAACAAAAACUUGACGACACUGUCAUACAGACAUUUUGAUCUAAUGUUUUAUUUUAACUAAUUGGCUGCCAUUGACGGCGAUUGAUGCCCAAUCCAAUCCACUUGAACUGGGAUGGCUGGCUGCCAACCCUCUCGUCCAGUAGUGAUAAACUAAUUCAAAUUCACAGUUGGAUGACCCCCCAAAAAAAAACAGCUACGCAAUUGGACAACUGUCAUCAAUGCCACUGAAAGCUACAAUAACGAAUCUUCAAAUUUGGUUGCUAACCUUCUGUCCCAUCAGUCAGUCCUGGCAAUUCCCCUGGAAAAUUCCCGCAAUUUUGUAACCCUAGGCGUUAACUCCCAACACUUUUUUAAUUAAAUAGUUUUGUCCUUGUGGUAAAAGUAUGUAGUUGUUCACUCUCCUUACCUCUCUUCCUCCUUUUUUCCCCUCCACCUGCACAAAAAUGUUGAGCCGCCUCAAUGUUUUUGCAAAUCAGAAAAAAAAAAAAAAUUGGACAAACACCACCACCAACGCUUUAACUGUAUUUCACCUUGUGUCUUCCUUUAGAAUUCUGAAGAGAAGGAUUAAAGUGAUUUGGAAUUAAAAGCCACUGUGGUGGAGCACAUUUCAUUUGUAUGGUCAGGAUAGGACAUCAAAUGGAGGCCAUGGUAUGCUUCACAUUCCGUCAAUCCAUGUCAUUGCUUUGUUAUGCAUGUCAUUGAUUUUAAACUGCUCUCUGGCCUGCGACACGCAAAAGUUGUGGUGUAAAUGUAACAUAUUUGCUGUUGUAUGUAUACAAAAAAAAAAACAUAGGACUUGAUGCAAUGUUAGGGAUUUUUCCCCCUGUUCAUACUGGCUUUUUUUUUUUUUUUUUCUCAAUUUUGUUUUUCCCCGAUUUUUGUACGUUCUGUUCUAACGGUCUGCCUCUGAUUUUCUUCCUGGUAUUUCAAGGUUUUGAUUGGAGAGAAGUGGCUCAGUGGAUCGCAAUCCUUUGGAGCUGGAUCCAUUUUUAGGAAAGGGAUUAUAGGCAAGAAUGGAUGCUCGGGAACGGGAUCAGUUUUCCAGGAUUUCCCAACAAAAUUUUCAGAACAAAUUAAUAGGGGACCUCCCGGAGCAACUUUUUCCUUGAUUUCCCCCGGCCCCCUUUUUUAAAGUUUUUUUUUUUAUUUUAUUUUUUAUAUUUUUUAUCGUAGCCUGCCACCUUGCCAAUCUUAGGUUUUUCAGUGAUAAUGGCGAGAAAAUUGACGAGAAAAACAGGACCAGGAAGUUGGAUCAAAGGAUGGAAUCGUAGAUGCCUGGUAUGAGGGAAUCAAAAGUUGGGGAGGGUUUCAUAGGGGUUACUAGUUUGAAUGUUGAUUGCUUGUUCUAACCUUUUUUCCUUCUAGCAUUUUCAAUAAAGACAUUGAAAGACAUAAUGCCUCUUUUUUUUGUUUGUCAAACCUAUAGUAGUCUAGCUGUUCUAUCACGAAAGUUAGGUCGAUUGUUUGCAUUUAAAUAAAGUGAAAUAUAUUCAUUUAAAAUAAUUAUUCAAAGAAUGAUUAAAGUCUAUAUUUACAUUCAUAAUAUUAAAAAAAAAAAAAACUAAAUUUAUAUUCCACCGUCUUUACGCCACGGGCGAAU